AUGGACGACAACAGUCCAAGCAUGGGCCGUUCGGUGUUCAAGAUUCGACCUAAAACUCAGGCUAUGGACGCCAUUCUGCACGCCGUUCCGAGUGGCCUCUCCUCGCUCUGCUUAGAUAACAGCGUUUUUGAGCCCACCACCGUACCAUUGAAAACCAACAACGACGGUAUUAUUUUGACAGGACGCAACUGGAUCUCACCGGUCAUGUCACUAUCAGGCGAACGCACACCGCUUCUAGAAGACGCAGGAUUCAAUGGCGAAGGAUCUGGCGAAGAGCAGCUGUUCAGGCUGGAUCACCAUCACCAAUUUUGCCGCCUGGUAGGCAUACGACCACGAAACCUGCCACCCGAUCAAAAGCACAAUCCGCCUCCGGAAUCCCUGUAUUGUCGGGCUGUCCGUCAGGUAAGGAUUCAGAACAUGAUGUAUCAAUUCACUGCCACGACCACCAAUACUCUCAUGCUCUCGCAAGUGGUGCUUGGCGCGACACUCACGGGCCUCAGCGCAAGCGACUCCAGCCACAUUCUGGUCGCGGUAUUUGGAGCCUUGAACACUAUCAUAGCCGGUAUCAUCGCUUUUCUGAAGUCUCGUGGGCAGCCCAUGCGUGCCCGCAUGUAUAGGGACGAUCUCGAGCGAGUGGUAGACGACAUUGAGAACUCCGCAAUCAUGUGGCUUGGCAUCAGCAAGAAUGUUCACGGCUACGAUGCAAUUGACAUCGAUGACCAGGUCACCGUACGAGGCGAGGUUGCUCGACUCACCAGACUGUACGAUAAGGCUGUUAAGACCAACACGCUCAAUGACCCGGACAUGUACUCAACAGGUGGCCCUGGCGAUCUUCACUCAGCAGCCUUGCGAGACCGAACGGUGCAGUCGGGCCCCGUGACCAUACCGCCCCCAGCUCCCAUGCCAGCUCCAGCCUCUGAGCCGGCGGCGGUGCCUCCGCCGGCUACUGUUCCCCCGGACCCCGAUGCUGCUCCGGCUACCAAGCCUCCCGAAGCCUUGCCCAAAGAUGCAGAAGCUGUUGCGGGGACACAGCCCCCGACAGCUCCCAGUGGACCAAGUAAUGCGCCGCCACAGAACCAGGGCGGCAACGCUGUUCCUAAUGGUACAUCUGCAAAGCCUGAAGAGCAGCCAGCUCAAGUGCCCUCCAACGACAUACCCACAGCUAGCUCAUCUAGUACGGUCACUGCUCCACCGUCCACUAGCAUUGCGCCGGAUCCGGACGAAAGCCCAGCGACGGCGAUGCACCCACAAAAACACACAGAAGACGUGUCGGCGGAUGAGAAGACAUAG